CGCUUCUUUUCUCUGCGACAAUGUGAGCUUGGGCAGAAGACGCGCAGAGACCGAGAGGCCUUGGAACCGGCUGGAGAUACGCAGGUAGCUGAGUCGUCGGUGCAAAGAUGUCUCACACCUGGACGAAGAGCGAGAAAAGAGAGAACGAGACACUCGCCGACCAACGCCGGUGUCUUCUGCCUUCACAGCGCCCCAAAGCGCUUCAUUCCGUCAGCUGGCAACACACCUGAACGAGCGUCUUCUCCCUCGCGUCCGUCUUCUUUCCUUCCCUGUCUGCUCUCCUCCUCGCUGCGUCCCUGGCCUCGCUCGCUGAGCCACCCUGGCUCCGCUGGGAGCGCUGUGACACUUGGAACUCUCAGGUUCUGUCUCCACGAUUUGCCGCUCUGCGCCGCUAGGCUUCUCGGCUGAGUCUGAGGGAGGUCUCUUCCCUCCGCUUUCUCUCGCCGUCCUGCGGGCUGCCAGAUAGAAGAGAGGGUGGGCAAAGUCACGCGAGAGCCGAGACCUCGAUGCGUUCUGCGCAAGCCGUUGAGGAAAUUAGCGCACAAAAGUCAAAAGGCGCUUGAGAGCCUCUGACUGCCGUCCCCUGGUUCCUCUUCUUCUCUCCGGUCCUCGUUCAUCCUUCGCUCUGAUGGCUUCGUUUCUCGACUCGUUGCAUCUCCAGUCGCCCUCCAGUCUCUCCCAGUCUCCCGCCACUCUUGAACCUUCUCGUCUACCGUCCGCUUCGCCCUAGUCUUCUUUCUCGCCUUCCUCUGCGUUGCUGAAUGUCCCGAUUUCUCAACUGCUUCCUUCUCCUUUGACAGCGCUCUUCAUUUCCUUCUGCGUCCGAUUCCCCAGUUCUCCACCUAACACCGGAGACCUUUUCUCGGCCUCUCAGCACGGCGGGGCCUGCUGGCUUUUCCUCCCCCGGUUUUUGCUCUUUCUUCCUUUGCGGUUCUAUUCGAGCGAGCCUCUCUCGCUCGUGGACGCGUGGCGUCGCCCUGGAGGCGCAGAAGCUGACAGAGAGACCAGAGUGCUCGGCAGCAAGUGCCGUCUCGCGCUCUCGCGAAAGAAAACACCGAACGCUUUCUCCCAUCCUGACUCGAAGCGAAGGCGGAGUCGGCGACCUUCCUUGCCUCCUCAGAGCGUUCUCCCGUACACACUCCGCUGCGCUUCCUUUGUGCAAUGCAUCUCCUCCUCAGAAGAGCCAUAUUCCAAACGUACGCUUCUUCUCGCUUUCCUGUCGUGGUCUCUCUGCGUCUCUGCAUGAGGUGUACGUACACCUCAGGUCUCACAGGGAGCCUUCCACCUCCUUCGUCUUUCAAGUGCAGGUACAGCUGACGACAUGUUUUCCAGCUUGACGCCCCGGACAACUUCCCCUUCUUUGAGCGGACGUCAACCGUCGCGUUUGCUUCUUCCUUUCGAGCUGUCUGUACAGGCGAAGGACUACGCGAACGCAGAGCUGUUUCCUGUGUUUCCUCGUUCUUGAUGGCUGUAUGACGCCUCCACACCAGGUGUGUGAGGUCACAACGGCCUUCUGUCGUUUCGCGUUCCGCGUCUCUUUGCCGUGGCGUUUUCGAGUCCACAUCCUCCUCCUUAGGUUCGUUGCCUUGCUCUCUAUGUCCACUUCUCCGCUUGCUGCGCCGCUUCUGCUCUUUGGCUCGCCUCGCCCUCGGGUCGCUCUGCCUGCUUUCGGGACCGUGUGAUUCUCUGACAGGCGAAGGGAGGCUGGGCGCGAUGCGGCGCCUCCAUCCCUUUGCCAAGCGGAGGACGGUGGAAGAUGAGAAAGCGGUGACCCAGGAAUUUACUGCGGUUCUCUCCACAGACAGCCUCGUUCGAGACCUUCCGUUUCGGGAUACUCGCACGCUGAUUUUCAUCUACGGCAAGCCUUUGAUCGCUCACCCGGACCCUGUGGAGACAGCGGUGCGAGCGGCGGCGGAGAACGGACCGUCCUCUGCGUUUGGUGUAUCUACACCGUUUGGCGGCCGGGAGGCCUGCGAGGGUCGCGGGGCGGCUCUGUCUGGGCGACACAGCGCGGCGGGAGCGGCGGGAGCCUUCGCGACGCACUCGCUCAAUUUCCAUCUUCCUGGCGGCAUCGCUUCUGGCGGCGAGCGAGACGGUGCUCUGCCUUUCCCUGGACUUUCAGCGCCCUCUGCGCGGCCGUCGGGGCACUCUGGCAGGACUGGAGACGCCUCCCCGCUGCAGCCUGUGGUGAUCAGCGCCUUGGCCAAUGUGCGAGUCGUCGAGGUCUGCGUCGGCGAGCAACAUGCGCUCUUCCUGUCCGACGCCGGCGAGGUAUUCGCGUACGGCCAAGGGAUAUAUGGACAGCUCGGCCUCGGAUACGAGCGCCAGGUCGUCCACCUCCCUCAGAAGGUCGAGGGCGCCCUCUCCCGCUUCCCCGUCCGGCAAAUCGCUUGCGGAGACUAUCACUCCGUCGCCGUCACUCGGGAGGGCGCCGUCUUUGCGUGGGGUGCUGCAGACUGCGUUGGGGACGGGAGUGGACUUUGUCGCUUCGCACCUGUUCGACUGUCUCUGGGCGCUUCGCCUGGCGACGCCUGUCGAGUGAUCGCUGCUCGUUUUCAGCAGACGGCGGCCGUCUCUGAGUCCGGGCGGCUCCUCGUCUGGGGUGAAACCUUCUUCGCGGACUUCCACGCCACUCCGGAAGUUCUCUGCGUCUUCUUCCGCCCGGUCGUGCAGGUCGCCAUCGGGAAACAUUUCGGUCUUGUCCUCACUGAUGACGGCCAGGUGUACGGCUGGGGCGACGGGACAUAUGGCGAACUAACUACUGCAGGCCCAAUGGCGCCGAAGACGUUGCCGGAGCCUCUGAUUUUGAAGGACUCGAGUGGACAGAGUCUCCCGCCAGUUGUCGAGAUCGCGACGGGGACGCGACAUGCCAUUCUUCUCACCCACGACAUGCGCCUCUGGGCACUCGGAGACAACCUCGCCGGACAGUGUGGAGUUCCUGGACACCAGACGCGGCUGAGCGUCCCCAAGAUGGUGAAGCUCGGAGAGCUGCGCUCGCGGGCCAGCAAAAUUGCAUGCGGCUAUCGUCACUCUGCGUGCAUCACACCGAACAACCAGCUGUACCUCUGGGGUCACUCGUCCAACCACAAACUGAUCUUCACUGCCGCUGCCGAGGGGAUCUGCGAAAAGGCUUCUCAGCCAGGCGUCGCCAUUCGCUCUGGCCUCAAAAGUGCAUGCUGCCGGGCUCGCUUGAUCUAUUCCAUGUUGAACAUGAAGAUCACGGGGGCGGCUCUCGGCAGCGAGACGACGGUGAUCGUAACGGGAGACGGCGACUUUGAGAGGCAACGGCAGGCGAGGGCGUCCGCACAUGCGAGCAAAGAAUUGUCUCCUCGGCGGAGACAGCAGGAAGAGCAGAUGGAGGCGAAAGUGAUUACGACGGCUGACAUGGCGAUGCGGUCUUCCUCAAAAUCGACAGAGAGAAAGACGUCGCCAGUCAGGAGCGAGGAGAGCAUGAAGCGACCCUGCAGUCUCUCUCAAGAAGAGGCGAAAGGAGACACUUUCUCGAGGUCGCCCUCCACGCUCGGGAGAGAUCGAGGAAUCUCCGCGGAAGGCCGAGAGGCUGGAGAGACGAAAGCCGACGAGAAGCUGAAUGAAGAGACUGGAUCUGAACUCCAAGGUGUGGAGGAGGCAGGCGGCACCCAGACGGAAAGAGAGGAAAAGACAGAGAGAGAGGGAGAAGGCAAAGGAAGAGAGGAAAGUCCAACUGCGGGUGGUGACGAAGACGAGUAGAGGGUGGCAACACAAUGGGAGGAGUCAAAGAACGCAGACAGCCUCUCUUCGGCAGAGGCAAAGGAGCUGCUGUCCUCUGCCUGUAAUGCGGUGCGAAGUUGUGCCGUUGAGGGGAAGGAGAAGAAGAGAGAAGACGCUCGGGAAGAGAGAGCAAAGCAAGAGAGGAAGCAGAAGAAGAUGCAUUAAGCAAUGCGACGACAACACAGCGAGACAGUGACAAGGGAGAGAAGAGAGAAAGACGCGAGGGGCAAGAGAGCUCCACGCGCCGUUGUUUCUUGAACUGGAGUGAGUGUGUGGCGGUGAGGACGAAUAGUGGAAAGAGAAAGACUCAGGUUCGCGCAGACACCCCAGGGAGAGAGACAGAGAGAAUCUCUGCGUUCCGCAAGAAGAGUAAAAGAACGAAGAAGACGGAGAGGAAGGGGCGCGAGUUCAGCGGGAAUUGCCCAGUGCCUGGAGAGAGAGAAGAAAGGGCCGUUUGCGAAAGACAGCGAAGGAACCAUCUCAGAUGUAUCCUCUGCUCAGUGGCGGGGAGCCCUGUGUCUUCUUCGCGGUUCUCCGAGGUAAAAGACUUUGCAUGCUAAUGCAACGGGAAGACGGAGUGGUUUUCUCCCGACUUUUCUUGUUGAAAUGUUUGAACACAAAUUACGCAAACGCAAACCGCAACCCCGCAUGCAGCACAGCCUGCCAAGAGAUGACCACAAAACAACAGUUGAACGCGAUUCCCUCGUCUAUGCGGAACGUGUGAGUGCUGCACAUACACCUAAAGAGACCGGUUCAAAUGCGGACGCAUGCAUUCGCCUUUACAAAUACGGACGCAUGCAUUCGCCUUUACAAAUACGGACGCGUACUGCUUUCAAGGUCGAGAUGGAAGAUGUCUCUCCCCCGCCCCUUUUCUCCGCCGCCGCAGACAAGCCGCACGCAGUCAGUGCUUCCAGGUCCCUGUUCAGGAGACUUCCACUCACAUGUGAACGUAGAG